AUGGGCUAUGACUUUGGAUUCGAUAUUUAUCCCCAACUUGAAGCCACCGAACGCAACAUAGAGAAGUACGAACGCUUCAGAAACGCUAUAAUCCGAAAGUACGAGAAUGCAUUCGACCCUGGCAGCCGCCGUCCGGAAGGGAAGGUCUUGGAUAUAUUGAAAGAGUCGGGUUCAGACUCUGGUACCAAUUACAACAUUAGCUUCCUGGUCAGGGAAAUACCUCACAUGCCGUACGCCGCAAAACGGUGCAACUAUUUUCUUCGAUUCAGCUCCAAGGUCAGCGGGCGGCUUACAACUCCAGCUGAGCCUUACAUUCGCCAGGUUUUUGGAAUCGGGAAGAAGUACUUUGGGGACAGAGUUCGCUUUUGGCAUGACCUCGACGAGGACACCUCAAAGGAGGAUUGCUACGGGUACUACGAGUGGCAAGAGGUCAACGAUGCAGAGGAAGACUUGCGAAGGUUGAGCACUCGCUAA